GAUCGUCUCCUGCCUACCACAGAAGCAAACGAUCACUGAAGGUUUAGCUCUUGGUAUCAGCACCACCCCGGCAUCGAUCGACACGCCAUUCAUGGCGUACUCCAGCACCACCGUGGCCCUGCAGAUCGUCGUCGGCCUGCUGCUCGCGCUCACCGUCACCACCGAGUCCGGAUCCGCUCCCGUCAACACGUCGUGCGUCACUGGCAGCGCCGGCGCCACCGUGAGCAUUGGCUACGGCGGGGCGAGAGCCAGCGCCGGGGCCGGCAUGUCUCUUGGUGUCGGCGUGUACCGGGCCACCUGCCCCCGCGCCGAGGAGAUCGUCCGCGCGGCCAUCGAGAGGGCCGUCGCCGCCGACCCGCGCAUGGCGGCGUCCCUCCUCCGCCUCCAUUUCCACGACUGCUUUGUCAACGGCUGCGACGGCUCCGUGCUCCUGGACGACAAGCCGCCCUUCUUCAUCGGCGAGAAGACGGCCGUGCCGAACGCCAACUCGCUCAGGGGCUUCGAGGUCAUCGACACCAUCAAGGCCGAGCUGGAGCGAGAGUGCCCAGAGACGGUCUCCUGCGCCGACCUCCUUGCCAUCGCUGCCCGUGACUCCGUCGUCGUGUCGGGCGGGCCGAACUGGGAGGUAGAGGCCGGCCGGAAGGACGGCCGCACGGCGAGCCUCCAGGGCGCCAACACCAAUCUCCCGGCGCCGACGUCCGGCGUCGCCACCCUCGUGCAGAAGUUCAGGAACGUCGGCCUCUCCGCUAAGGACAUGGUCGCUCUCUCCGGCGCGCACACCAUCGGGAAGGCACGGUGCACAUCGUUCAGCGCGCGCCUCGUCUCCGGCGCCGGCGCAGACGUUUCGGCCGGCGGCGCCGUUGGGGCGGCGUCCAAGGACAUGGCCUUCCUGCAGUCGCUGCAGCAGCUGUGCUCGGGUUCAGCGGGGUCGGCGCUGGCGCACCUGGACCUCGCCACGCCGGCCACCUUCGACAACCAGUACUACAUCAACCUCCUCUCCGGCGACGGCCUGCUGCCGUCCGACCAGGCGCUCGCGUCGCCAUCAGCAGGCGCCAUGCCGGGGGCAGACGAUGACGGCGUCGCCGGCCUCGUGGCCACCUACGCGUUCGACGCCUCCGUCUUCUUCCAGGACUUUGCGGAGUCCAUGCUGCGUAUGGGGAGGCUCGCGCCCGGUGGCGCCGGAGGCGAGGUCCGCACGAACUGCCGGGUGGUGAACAGCUCGAGCUAGAUUCAGUGACCCAGUCCAUGCGCGGUCUGAAUAAUCUGGUGCACUGCGGCUUGCACCUAUGCUGUCUCCUAUAAUUCUUAAGUUCGUUUGUUUCAGUUAGGUUUCUGCUUUGGGUUUCACCCCUGGUACUAUGUAUGCUGGGCUUGGUUAAGAAAAGCUGUAUGUGAUGUAUGCUUGGCCUCAUCGAUGGCUCUAAAUAAUGAAAUAACUAACCUGUGG